GGGGGCCUGGGCCUGGGCCGGGGCGGGCGGAGAGCGGAGGGACCCGGGGAGACCGGGCCGGGGGCAGCAUGGAGUACGUGAGUGCCGAGCAGCUGGCGGGGUUCAGCAAGUACAAGUACAGCGCCGUGGACAGCAACCCCCUGUCCCUGUACAUCAUGCACCCCUUCUGGAACACCAUAGUGAAGAUCUUCCCUACCUGGCUGGCCCCAAAUUUGAUCACGUUCUCUGGCUUCCUCCUGCUUGUCUUCAACUUCUUCCUCAUGGCAUACUUCGACCCUGACUUUUAUGCUUCUGCUCCUGAUCACCAGCACGUUCCAAACACAGUGUGGGUCAUUGUGGGCAUCCUCAACUUCAUGGCCUACACCUUAGAUGGGGUUGAUGGGAAGCAGGCUCGGCGCACCAACUCCAGCACCCCUCUGGGAGAGCUCUUUGACCACGGCCUGGACAGCUGGGCCUGUGUCUUCUUUGUGGUGACAGUCUACUCCACCUUUGGACGAGGCUCCACGGGCGUCAGCGUCUUCGUUCUCUACCUCCUCUUAUGGGUGGUCUUGUUUUCAUUCAUCCUCUCCCACUGGGAGAAAUAUAACACAGGGAUUCUCUUCCUGCCCUGGGGAUAUGACAUCAGCCAGGUGACCAUUUCAAUUGUCUACAUAGUGACAGCCAUUGUGGGAGUUGAGGCCUGGUAUGCACCUUUCCUGUUUAAUUUCUUAUAUAGAGACCUAUUCACUGCAAUGAUUAUUGCUUGUGCCCUCACUGUGACGCUGCCCAUGAGCCUCUAUAACUUCUACAAGGCCUAUAAAAAUAACACCUUGAAGCACCACUCUCUGUAUGAGAUCAUGCUGCCACUGGUAUCCCCAGUGCUGCUGUUCCUGCUCAGCACCACUUGGAUCUUCAUGUCCCCAACAGACAUCUUGGAGGUUCAUCCCAGGCUCUUCUAUUUCAUGGUUGGAACAGCCUUUGCUAACAUUUCUUGCCAGCUGAUUGUCUGUCAGAUGAGCAGCACCCGGUGCCAGCCCCUCAACUGGAUGCUGCUUCCCAUUGCUGCUGUGCUGCUCCUGGUGGUGUCAGGCUUGGUGCCCAACAGUGAGACUCUGCUGCUCCACCUCCUGACUGCUCUGCUCACCCUGGCACACAUCCACUACGGGGUGGUGGUGGUGAGCCAGCUCAGCAGGCACUUCAACAUCCGGCCCUUCUCCCUGAAGAAGCCCACCCCGGACUGACUAGGAGCAGAGGAGGAGCAGAGGGGGCUGCGGGCUGGGGCAGAUCUGUAAAUAACAAUAACUGCUGCAAAAAUCCCUGUAAAUAACCUCCCACCAUCCCCACGGAUCUAAACCUUCCCUCUGGAGAAGACAUCGGGACAAAGCCCGCAGGGGACCCGGUGCAGCCGGGGCAGGGCUGGUGCUGGGCAGCCCCCCCUGCUCCUGGAGGAGUGCAAGCUUGUGGUUUUGGGGUGAAACUGGUGGGCUUGUGGGUCAUGUUACUGUAGAUUGAGACCAGCUGAAUGUUCCCCGGGGCAACCUCAGGCUCCAGCUCUUGCUCAGGUGAAGCUGGUGGGGAUGGGAAUGGCUUUACCCGAGCAAAGCAUCUUGAGCUGUCACCCAAUCCCAGUGGAAAGGCUGGUAGGGACAGGGGGGAGUUUCUUCUCUCUCCCUGAUCUGCUGGACAGCCUUUCCCUGGGCUGGUACGUAGGGAGCAGGAGGUGACAGCCCUCCCACGUUCUGUCCUGCCUUCCUGCACUCAGUUUGGGCAAAGACUUGCACCAUUUUUUUUUUUUUUUUCAAGAGUGAAAAACAAAGCCCAACAACACACAAACCUUCUAAUAAUAUCAUACUUGAGGAGCUUAGAAAAUCAGGGUUCAGUUUCCUGUUACAAGUGGGUAAAGCAGCUUCUGCUGUGCUAUGGGGACCUGGGACCACAUCUCAACCACGUUCCACACAGCCUGGGUGUGUUCCCUGCCCAGGAGUGGGCUCUGGGCUCCCCAGGGCAGCAGAAAGUGGCUUCCCCCAUCCUGCCUGACCCCCCUCAGCCUGCCAGGGCUGCUCCAGCCCAGCUCUGCUGGGUCCUUGCAUGCAGCCCAGGCUCAGCCCUUCCCCAUCCCCAGCAGCCAACAAACCCACUGCUUGGUGCUGCUCUGGUUCUUGGUGUGCACCUUCAGGAAGCUCACAGACAUGUGUGUGUGCCUGUGUCUGGUCCAAAUAUCCCUUUUCCUUUCAAAAAGCCCAGCCUCCUCGAGGGCUUGCAUGUCUCAUCCAGGGAUGUAUUUUGUUUACUGUCCGUUUGGGAAAGCCUCAUGUUUGCAUUGGUUGAUUUUUAUCUUUCGUUUUGUUUUCAUGAUUGGAGUUUCAGAGUGGGGUGGUGAAGCCUGAAUGCUGAUUUCCUUUUCUGGUUCACUUCUGUUUAAUGGAUGAGCUGUGCUUGAAUGAAGAGUGCAGCUAAAAGCCAGGCUCUGGAAAGGCUGCAUCCGGAAGCCAACAAGCACAAGCAGAUUCUGCAGGUGGAAGUUUUAUUUUUAAAUUACCAUGGGAACAAAACUCACUUACACCCUCACUGCUGAUCCAGGUGGGUUCCUUGAAGCUGGGUCACAACCUUGAAGGGAAACCUUCCAGUGUGUAGCUACUAUUUAAAGCUUUCUUUUUAUUUUGCUUCUCUUUUUUUUUUUUAAUUUUUUUUUUAAUUUUGCUUUUUUGUUGUCGUUUUGGUUUGGGUUUUUUUUCUUUGUAAAUUGGAAUUCUUCUUGUGCAGAGACAUUGAAACCCUGAGCCCAGCUCAUGGUACACCCUGGCAGGAGCCAGCUGGGAGGGGUCUUCCUUGUGUCUGCAUGGCUGCCACAAGAGGGUGGCUGAUUUGGGGAGAAAAAAAAGGGUUUUCCAGUUGAAUAAAGUAGCUUGCUCCUAUAUCUAUAUUCUGCUGACCUUGUACAGAAAACAAACAAGCAAAAAAAAAAACCCCAAGCAACCCAAGCCUGGGCGAGCUGGGCUGUGCUUGAGUUUCUGACUUGCUGCCAGAAGUUGAUCUUAAAUCUUAGGCUGUCCUUUUGUGUUGGUAACACUCUGUCUGUCUGUCUGUCUGUCUGUCUGCUGUCUCAGCUAGCCAUGGGCUUCCCCAAAGCCUGGAACCCUCCUUGUGAAGUUGGGAGCAUGUGGAAGCAGGGCUUCCCCUCUCCAACCCUGCCAGAGAGUUGUGCUGCAGGAGAAAGGUGACCCUAAGGAAAAAAAACAAAACCACAAAACCCCACAACUGGAAGAGCUUCCUCCCUGCACAGGCUUUAGCUCUGGAGAGUCCUGGGUUUUUGGUGCCUUAAAUUAUUGCACCUUGAAGCUAGAAAAAUAAUCUCCAAAUCAGUGCUGGAGCAUAGGCUGGCGUGGCACCAGUGCCACGGGGAAGGGUGAGGAGGGAGCAGGGCUGAGCUGGGGGAUGCUGUGAGGCUGUUCCCCCCUCGAGCUGCUGCAGAGAUGGGUUGGGUUGGGUUUGGUUUUUCAUUUGAGGUGUUAGAAAUGAUUUCUGCUCCCAGAUCCUGGGCAGGGAGGAGAAACAAAACAAACCAUCUCACCCUGCUGGGGUGCAGCAUGCUGAGGAACAAACUGCUGAUGAGAAUAAAUUUAAUUUCAUCUUGGGAAUAAAUGUUCUCCUUCCUCACUGAGAGCAUCUGGGGGUGGUUGGUCCCUGGGAUGGGCUGGGUGGACUCAGUCCUGGUGGUGGGAGGCUGGGCAGCUCAUGUCUGGGACAGUGUUCAUCAUUUCUUCAUUACUGAUGGGCCCACGGAGUUGGUGAGCAGGGUCUGAGGCUUCCCUGCAGCUGCUUUGCACAUUUUAUCUCCAUGCAGAGAGAAAGGAAAAAAAAAACCAACCAAACCAAGCUGUUGAGGGAGGGGCAGAGACCUUGAAGACCCCCUGGAGGUGUUGGUGUCCUGGCUUGGGCCCCGGGCAGGUCCUGGUGUGUUGGGAGGAGGUGACCAACUACUGCUCUGAUGGAGGAGUUUGUGGGAGCCUGGGGACCCCCCAGCCAUAGCUGAGCCUUUUCCAUCUCGUUCCUCCUCUCCUCACCACCAACCCCCUGCUCCUGGUGGCUUUGGCAGAGCCAGAGAACAGAAUGCUGGAAGUGGGGAACGUGAUUGGGGCUCCUUGAACAGAGCUGGGAGCAGGUUGGAGUCUGAGCUCUCCUGAGCUCCGUCAGCUCAGUCCUAGCAAAGCCCUUCAGCUCUGCUGACACCCCUGGCACGUCCCUGGAGAAGCUUUUUGGAGACCAGCUCAGAUCUUUUUACUUUUGUGUGCUGACAAACUGAGCUGGGGUCACCUCAGCUGAAGGCAAAGCUCUGCCAGGGGGGUUCUGUUUCCCUCCAAAACCUGCAGGAGCUUCCCUGGAGCAGCCUUCUGUCCCCUUCUGUCCCCUUCUGUCCCCUUCUCUCCACUUCUGUCCCCUUCUGUCCCUUUCUGUCCCCUUCUCUCCACUUCUCUCCACUUCUGUCCCUUUCUGUCCCCUCUUCUCCACGUCUACCUCGCUCUGCUGUGUCAAAGCAGUGGCUGAGGGGACGUGGAGGCUGCUCCUGGGGGGACCUGGUGACAACGGGUGCUACACUGACCUCUCUGCCUCUGGAAAAGGUCCCUGGUAGUUUGUAGAAGACCCUUUUGCCUAUCCAGCUGUGGCCAGACCCGAGCUGGAGGUCCCCAGGACAGACUCCAAGGAGAUGGUUGGGAUGUCCCUGCCCCAGGAGGAUCUUGGUGAAAUUUGCUGCUCGCCCUCCAGGGUGCUGUGGGUCUGAGAGUGGUACCUGGGGUGGCUUUGGCAGGAGCUGGUGCUGGGCUCCAGUUCUGCCCCGUUCCCCCCAGCAGCAUCUCAGGCUGAGCUGCUUCUGUCCCUUGGGUUUUCAGGUGCAGCAGACACUGGUUUGGGUGCUGGUCCA